AUGUCACCUUAUGUGUCAGGUUCUUCCUUCUCUGUGGAAGUAAAUGCCCUAAUGAAAAGGUUUAAAAUGAAACCUCUAUUGUUUCCGUUGGCAGGAUCAGUGACAGCUGUUUUCAACUGUCAAGGCCCUUUGGAUGCUCCAGUAUUUGUGGGAAGUGGGGUUCCAUUUUCUUAUGUAUCGGCCCAUUUUACUUUCAAUACUGAUAAUUGUGUUGUAGAUUUAUAUGGAAUUAGAGCAAAUCUUGUAGAUGGUGGCGAGAUUCGCAGGGCAGGAAAUGCAUGGAUUUGUACAGAGGGCAAGGAAGAUGACACAGCAAUGGAUUUAGGGGAUUUGAAUGGAGAAACAAAACUCUCUGGCUCGUUUCUCAAACCGAGACUCGAUAUUAAGUGGAGUGCACCAAAAGCCGAAGGAUCAUUUGGAGAUGCUCGAGGAGACAUCAUUAUAUCGCAUGAAAGCAUCAACAUCAGUUCUUCAUCCAUUGCUUUUGAGUUGGUAACUUGUCGAUUGCUUGGAGUUAUACUUGAAGAAAGUACCCCACACGAGCUUCAAAAUCAAGCAACUGUGAGAUCAUCUGUUUUGGAUGUUCUUUUGGAGAUAACAAAAUUCUGUGACCUUUAUCUCAUGGAAACAGUUUUAGAUGAUGAAAGUGAGAAAAAGGUUUUAAUUGCAUUAGAAAAUGCUGGGAUUUUUACAUCGGGCUGUUGUCAAAAAGCUUACAUACAUUCACUUUUCCCUCAUUUGACCACUCACAUUUGGCACGGGUCACAAGAAUUAUCAGAGUAG